GUGGAGUUGGCAGGGAGGCCCUCGAUGCAAGGUGAUCCAUCAGCACAUGCUGGUUUGGGACUGCGGGACGAUGAAUUUCAAAGAUCCGCUGAACCGGCCGUUUGUGGUGCACUUCGUGGACGACCACACCCGCCGCGGAGGCAAGUCCAAGGCGGAUCGAAUCCUGGACGCCUUAAGAGGCGGUCACUGCAGGAGCUGCUCUUCCUUGGCCCUUCGUCCCGACGCCUCCUCCGAAGUUCGCACGGCAGCAGAGCUGUGGAACUCCGCCGUCUGCCAGGACAAGGAGGAUGUCGUGGCAGCAUUUCAGUUCGGCUUCGAGACGCAGCCGAUCCCGACUGAGCAGGAGCCGGAAGCCGUGCUUGUGCAGCUUACUGCAGCGCAGCCUGUUGUGCUGAAGGACUUCGUCGAUGGCGAGGUUCUAAAGCCCUGGUCCCUGCAAGCCUUGGGCAAAGAGGCCUUCGCGGAGGACAUUGUGCGUGUUGCUCCCCUCUCGCCGCCAAGGGCUGUCGACGGAGAGGUGUCAGCACCAGCGCGGAUCUGGGAAAUUUGCAGCUACGCAAAUGGACGGCCGCCACCCCACCACGGCUUCCUAACAGUUGAUGCCCCUUCGCCGUGGCAGCUGGCCAACUGGAGGCCUCCCCGGCGGCCACCCCUGGCUCCUGCCUGGCUGGAUGCACUGGGGCCACGGAUGGAGGGCUCUGGCGGCGAUCCCUGGGCUGAGCUGUGGCUCUGCCCCUCAGAGGCGACCUUUCGACUGCACCAGCUCACAGAGCAGACCCAUCUCUUC